AGGCUAAAGCCUAAACCUCUGACAUGGCCACAGCCUCACCAAGAUCUGAUACAAGUGACAAUCAUAAUGGAAGAUUACAGAUGCAAGUAACAGUUUCUAGUGCCAAACUGAAACGGAAAAAGAAUUGGUUUGGAACAACUUUCUACACGGAAUUAAGUGCAGAUGGAGAAAUUAAGAAAACAGCAAAAUCAAGUAACUCUUCAAAUCCAAAAUGGGAUGAGCAGCUGACAGUGAAUGUGACUCCACAGACUACGCUGGAAUUUAGAGUGUGGAGCCAUCACACUUUAAAAGCAGAUGCUUUAUUAGGAAGAGCCACUGUAGACUUGAGACAAGCUUUGGAAAUACACAAUAGAAAAUUGGAGAAGGUGAAAGAACAGUUGAAACUCUCUUUGGAAAACAAGAGUGGCAUGGUGCAAACAGGUGAACUGACAGUUGUGCUAGAUGGCUUGGUUGUUGAACAAGAAUCCCUUACAAAUCUCAGUUCAUCAACAAACAAAGUUCAGCAAAAUGGCGAGGCUGUGCAUGAAAGCAGAGAUGCGUCAGGAAGAAGUACAUCCAGAUCUGCUUGUGACAUUUCUAAUGGGAUAGACAAUCCAGUACCUUCCAACUCUGUAGUACAGAAUACAUUCUGUAUAGAAGCUGUUAACGGAGACAGCACACCAUCUCCUACUCACGUUGCAGCCAGACCCAAAAAUACACCAGUACCAAAACCACCUGCAGCUCAGCCUGUCAACAGCACUGUUAACGGCGAGUCAUCCACCUCUGCACCAGAAGUUGGCAAUUCUUCUGUCUCUGAGGUUCCGAUAGGUUCAGCUGAAGCUCCCACGUCUUCAGAUUGCACUAACGCUACAGCAGAACCUCAGUCAACAACAGAAGCAACUAGCUGUUCUGAAAGCCACGCUUCUACUUUACCUGUUGUGUCUGCUGGACUAGAACCUACAGCUGCAACAGACUGUGCUCAGCCUAAUGCUAGAAACAGUACAACAACAGAUGCAGCAAAACCAAGGGAAUCCUCCACCUCAAAUGCAUCUGCAGAACCUGUAAGACAGCAGCCUGGUAAUGCCAGUACAGAACCUUUGCCACCAGGGUGGGAGCAAAGAAAGGAUCCUCAUGGUAGAACCUAUUAUGUUGAUCACAACACACGAACUACAACAUGGGAAAGACCACAGCCCUUACCUCCUGGCUGGGAAAGAAGAGUUGAUGAUCGUGGGAGAGUUUACUAUGUGGACCACAACACCAGGACAACAACGUGGCAGCGGCCAACAAUGGAAUCAGUCAGGAACUUUGAGCAAUGGCAAUCUCAACGGAAUCAACUGCAGGGAGCUAUGCAACAGUUUAACCAACGAUACCUCUAUUCGGCUUCGAUGUUGUCAGCAGAAAAUGAUCCACUUGGGCCUUUACCACCAGGCUGGGAAAGGAGAGUGGAUUCAAAUGAUAGGGUGUAUUUUGUAAAUCAUAACACAAAGACAACACAGUGGGAAGACCCUCGAACUCAAGGUUUACAAAAUGAGGACCCUCUUCCAGAGGGCUGGGAAAUCAGAUAUACCAGAGAAGGUGUCAGAUACUUUGUUGACCAUAAUACAAGAACCACCACUUUCAAUGACCCUCGUACUGGGAAAUCUUCUGUAAAUAAAGGGCCACAGAUUGCUUAUGAGCGUAGCUUUAGGUGGAAACUUGCUCAUUUCCGUUACUUAUGUCAGUCCAAUGCACUGCCAAGUCAUGUGAAAAUCAAUGUAUCCAGACAGACUUUGUUUGAGGAUUCCUUCCAGCAAAUUAUGGCAUUAAAACCUUAUGAUUUGAGGAGAAGAUUAUAUGUUAUAUUCAGAGGCGAAGAAGGAUUGGAUUAUGGUGGCUUGGCAAGAGAAUGGUUUUUCUUGCUUUCCCAUGAAGUACUGAACCCUAUGUACUGCCUAUUUGAAUAUGCUGGCAAGAGCAACUAUUGCCUGCAGAUAAAUCCAGCAUCAACAAUCAAUCCUGACCAUCUUUCAUAUUUCUGUUUCAUUGGGCGCUUUAUUGCCAUGGCAUUGUUUCAUGGGAAAUUUAUUGACACUGGUUUUUCUCUGCCUUUCUACAAACGAAUGCUGAGCAAGAAACUUACUAUUAAGGACCUAGAAUCUAUUGAUACUGAAUUUUACAACUCCCUAAUUUGGAUAAGGGAUAAUAACAUUGAAGAGUGUAACUUGGAAAUGUACUUUUGUGUGGAUAUGGAGCUCUUAGGAAAAGUAACCUCACAUGAGCUGAAAUCAGGAGGUUCAAAUAUCUUGGUAACUGAGGAGAACAAAGAAGAAUAUAUUGGGCUAAUGGCUGAGUGGCGAUUCUCUCGGGGAGUCAGAGAACAAACCAAAGCUUUUCUUGAUGGUUUUAAUGAAGUUGUUCCUCUACAGUGGUUACACUAUUUUGAUGAAAAGGAGCUAGAGGUGAGGUUUUGUGUUCAACAUUUUUACCUUUUGCAAAG